AUGGCCGCCGUCAACGAGCCCUGCGUUGGGUCCGGCGGCAGAGCGGGCGUCUGCAUCUCCACCGCCAACUGCGCGUCCGCCGGCGGCGUUAGCAUCUCCGGGGCCUGCCCCGCCGACGCCUCCAACAUCAAGUGCUGCACCAAGGCGUCCUGCGCUAACGGUAGCGCGGGCAACUGCCGCUGGUCGAGCGACUGCGCGGGGACCUCGGUCGCCAACAAGUGCCCGGGCCCGUCCCAGAUGAAGUGCUGCUCCUCGAGCGCCUCGGGCUUCGGCGGAUACAGCGCCCCCGCCUUCCCCGCCGUCGGCGCCUGCAAGUCGGUCGCCGUGGAGGGCGCCAAGAAGGUCGUCGCCGCGUGGAAGGGCCGCGUCAGGCAGAUCUACUGCACCAGGGACUGUGCCUGCCCCGGCACGUCGGAUCACUGCUGUGGCAAGGCAAUUGACUUUAUGUGCUCGGAUGGCGGUGGUGUUCCUACCUCGUCCGGCCGUCAGAUCGCUGAGUGGGUGAUGAAUAACCGCGGCACGCUCAACCUCAAGUAUGUGAUUUGGGGUCAGCGCAUUUGGAACCCCUCGGUCGACGGCGUCAAGGCGUGGACCAGCUGGCGCGCCAUGGAGGACAGAGGCGACAUCACCCAGAACCACUGUGAAUCCCGUAUUCUGACACAUAAUGCCGUUGUGGAAGCCCAAAUCAUCCUGUGGGGACUGGAUUGUCUCCGUUUAUCCACCCGAAAUGUGGAACUUCGCGUGGGGAAAUACCCCGCCAAGCGACAUGCUAAGCGCGUUGUCGAUUACAUCCGCACCAAAGUGCCCGAUGCGACCGGCGUGCUCUACCUCGAGAGUCGCAUGACCAAGUUGCUCGAGGACAAUGACGAGCCUGAGCCGUUUCGUCAGCGCCGCUUCUUCUAUUACUUGACCGGUUGCCCGCUCGCCGACUCAUUCGUGGUCCACGAUAUCGACUCGGCCAAGACCACCCUCUUCAUCCCUCCCAUCGACCCCGAGAGCGUCAUCUGGUCCGGCUUGCCCGUCUCCGCCGAGGAGGCCUUACAAAGGUUCGACGUGGACGAGGUCAAGUACACUACCGAGAUUAAUGCCGAGUUGGCCCAUUCUGGUGCUCAGAAGAGCCAGUCGACCGUCUUUGCCAUCCCCGGCCAGGUCUCAGAUCACGUCACCUUCCUCGGCUUCGACAACAAGAACUUUGCCGUACUCAAGGAGGCCAUCGAGGUCAGCCGGGUGGUCAAGGAUGAGUUCGAGCUCGCCAUGAUGGCCAAAGCCAACGCUAUCGGCGCCGACGCCCAUCACGCCGUCAUGAGGAAGGUCAGGCAUGCCAAGAACGAGCGCGAGCUCGAAGCCGAGUUCAUUGCUCAGUCCAUCGCUGCCGGUGCACCCAACCAGUCGUACCACGGCAUCUUUGCUGCGGGCAGGGCUGGUGCCACACUGCAUUAUGUGCACAACAAUGCGCCACUGGCGGGUAAGCUGAACCUACUACUCGAUGGCGGUCCGGAGUGGGACUGCUACGCCUCGGAUGUCACUCGGACAUUCCCAAUCAACGGCAAAUUCACCAAGGAGAGCAGGGCUAUCUACGAUAUUGUGCUCAGGAUGCAGCUGGAGAGUAUCGCGGCGCUAAAAGAGGAUGUUCUCUGGGACGACGUGCACCUUCUGGCGCACAAGGUUGCCAUCGAUGGCUUGCUGGGACUCGGCAUUCUAAAGGGUGACAAGGAGGAGAUCCUGGCAAAUCGGACGAGUGUGGCCUUCUUCCCCCACGGCUUGGGACACUAUCUCGGGAUGGACACCCACGACACCGGCGGCAACCCCAACUACGCCGACACGGACACCCUUUUUCGGUAUCUGCGCGUCAGGGGGAAGGUUCCGGAGGGCAGUGUGGUGACGGUUGAGCCGGGGAUUUACUUCUGCAGCUUCAUCAUUGAACCGUACCUGAAGGAUCCUAAGCAUGCCAAGUAUAUCGACACCAAGGUCCUUGAGAACAUUGAGGACAACCUGGUUAUUACCAAGGGUGGUGCCGACAACCUGACCACCGUGAUCAAGGACCCUGAUGAGAUCGAGAGGAUCAUUUCCAGCAGCUAA